UUGUACCUCUCUUUCUUCGUCUUGGCAUGUAGCACCUUUUUGAUGGACGAGCGCGACGGCUGCUGUCGUUGGAAUUAACUAAAUCAUAAUCAUCAUCUAUCAGCCGAACAAGUGAGAUCAUCUGCCCAUUGUUGGCCAUGAAAUGCAGCCGCUGAUGUGAAAUGUGAAGAGCUGCAACGAGAAAGCUCAGUGAACGAAACGAAUGUACUUAAAAUAGUCUUGUAAGGAUGCUGCCACUGCUAAUACUCUUCAAUGCGCUCCAGCUGAGCCAGAUACUUGCCCAAAGCAGUUCGGAUGUGGUGAAGCUGCCCAAUUUGCCAUCCGAUCAUCUCAUACGCUACCUCAACACUUUUCCCAAGCUCAAGAAACAAGUGGAAGAGAUUCGCGUGGAGUCGCCCGCCUGCUGGGGACACGAGCGCAAUUGCACCGCCGAGGCGCGCUUCCAGACGCCUCACUGUCCCGGUGAACAUACCGGCUGGGUGCAGAGCAAGGAGGCGCAGGUGCAGACCUUCUACUACCAGGCGGACUUCGGCUUCAUCCAGCAGCAACUGUCGGAACUGACGCCGCAAUGCAUGCCCAAGUAUCUGUCGGACUCCUCGCUGGAGUGCACGCGCUACCUGCGCUUCUGCCGUGGUCGCAACUUACUCAUCGAUCUCCGCGAUCUGCCGCAGCGCAAGGAGCGCAUCCGAUACCACAUGGACGUGCUGAAGCCUGGCCAGAUUUUGGGCCACUGCGAGCUGAAUCGCACGCGUCUCCAGGGCGAAAUGGAUCACAUAGGCUCGGCGCUGCAGUCGUGGGCGCCUGAGCUGCGCUACUUCGAUGUUCUGCCCCAGCCGGUGCUGGAGAGCGGAGCCUGCGACCUGGUCGUCAACGCGCCCACCUUCAUCAUGAAGAUCGACGCCACUUAUAACAUGUAUCACCAUUUCUGCGAUUUCUUCAAUCUGUAUGCCUCGCUCUUUGUCAACCAGUCCCAUCCGGCUGCAUUCAACACAGAUGUGCAGAUUAUCAUCUGGGAAACAUAUCCGUAUGACUCGCCUUUCCGGGACACGUUCAAGGCUUUCACACAGCGCCCCAUUUGGACGUUGAGCGAGGUGCAGGGCAAACGGAUUUGUUUCCGCAAUCUUGUUUUGCCGCUUCUGCCGCGCAUGAUCUUUGGCCUCUUCUAUAAUACGCCCAUUAUCCAGGGUUGCUCCAACAGCGGACUCUUUCGCGCCUUCUCUGAGUUCAUUUUGCAUCGACUGCAGAUACCCUACAGGCCGCCGCCAGUAAGGAAGCUGCGCAUCACUUAUCUAUCUCGUCGCACAAAGUACAGACAGGUGCUCAACGAGCAGGAGUUGCUUGCCAGACUUGAAGCCAAUGAGGAUUACGAAGUACAGCGUGUCUCAUACGAACGCAUCUCCUUUGUUGACCAAUUGGAGAUUACAAGAAAUUCGGACAUGUUGAUUGGCAUGCAUGGCGCGGGUCUGACACAUUUGCUCUUUCUGCCCAAUUGGGCUUGUCUGUUCGAGCUGUACAACUGCGAGGAUCCCAACUGUUACAAGGAUCUGGCACGCUUGCGUGGCGUACACUAUGUCACCUGGGAGCAUCGCGAUCUGGUCUAUCCACAGGAUGAGGGUCACCAUCCGGAUGGCGGUGCCCAUGCCAAAUUCACCAAUUAUCGCUUUGACGCGGAUGAGUUUGAGCGCCUGGUGACUCAAGCAGCCAUAGCGGUGCGUGCCCAUAAGGAUUACCAGCAGGCAACAGCAGCACUAGCACAGCAUGAUGAGCUUUAGUUUAAUCUUAACGCUUUGUGAUUUGAUUGACCAAUGCAUUUAUUUGUUUUUAAAAGUAAACUGACUCUCGAUAU